UGGGGAAGCCUGUGAUCCAGGCUUGUCUGGGGCUGCUGUUGCUGACAGGAGGCAGGGGUUGGGCCUAAGAGGCCACAAGACAGAAGGAGAAACAGCAGCAACAGCAUAAGAGAUGGUAGCGAGAAGAAGCAGGAAGCCUCAAACACAAAGCAGCUGAGCCCUUUUCCAGCAGAGCUUCUAAUGAAGAUCCUCUGAUUAUCUAAGCUCCAGCAGCUGUAUCUUUGAAUAUCAAAACUGAGAGAAAGUACCUCUAGAACCAACAUGCAGCAGAUAGUUACUAUUCCAUCAAAGUUGCUGCUUCUAGCAAAGGGUUUUGUCUCUUAAACCUCCUUGUGCAUUCAGCAGUGAAUGAAUCAUUCUACAGAUUCUUAUGUUUUGGGUGGUGAAUGAGUUGCGUUAACUGAAAUUCAAAUUGGAUUUCAUGUAGUUUUAGUUAAACUGAGGAACCAUGAGUAGUAAUCUUGGGAAAGAAAAAGAUUGUAAGGAGAAGGACCCCAAAGUCUCUUCAGCAAAGGAAAGGGAGAAAGAGGGCAAGACCUCUGGUGGAUUUGGGAAAGAAAGCAAAGAGAGAGAGCCUAAGACCAAAGGGAAAGAAGCCAAAGAUGGGAAGAAGGACUCCAGCAGCGCACAGCCGGGUGUGGCUUUUUCAGUGGACAAUACAAUAAAACGACCUAAUCCAGCUCCAGGUGCUCGCAAAAAAUCCAGCAAUGCCGAAGUGAUCAAAGAGCUAAACAAAUGUCGGGAAGAAAAUUCGGUGCGCUUGGACUUAGCCAAGAGGUCUAUACACAUGCUCCCAUCUUCUGUCAAAGAGUUAACACAGUUGACGGAACUUUAUUUAUAUGGAAACAAACUGCAGUCAUUACCGCCUGAGGUGGGGUGUCUUGUGAAUCUGGUGACACUGGCCCUGAGUGAGAACUCACUUACCAGCCUUCCUGACUCUCUUGAUAACUUGAAGCAACUUCGCAUGGUUGAUCUACGACAUAACAAACUGAGAGAAAUUCCUCCAGUGGUAUACAGGCUAACUUCCCUUACCACACUUUAUCUACGCUUUAAUCGUAUCACAACAGUGGAAAAGGAUAUAAAAAACUUGUCAAUCCUCACCAUGCUUAGCAUACGGGAGAACAAAAUCAAGCAACUACCUGCAGAAAUUGGUGAGUUGUGUAACCUCAUAACACUGGAUGUAGCACACAAUCAGCUUGAACAUCUUCCAAAGGAGAUUGGAAAUUGCACACAGAUCACCAAACUUGACCUACAGCACAAUGAACUGUUAGACCUUCCAGACACUAUAGGAAACCUGUCCAGUCUGAAAAGCCUUGGGCUGAGGUAUAAUAGACUCUCAGCAAUACCCAGGUCUCUAGCACAGUGCAGUAAACUUGAUGAACUGAAUUUGGAGAACAACAUGAUUUCUACUUUACCAGAGGGUCUCUUAUCCAGUCUUGUGAAUCUGACUAGCCUAACUCUGGCAAGGAACUGUUUCCAGUCAUAUCCAGUGGGUGGCCCUUCACAAUUUUCUACUAUCUACGCUCUCAAUAUGGAGCACAACCGCAUCAAUAAAAUCCCUUUUGGAAUUUUCUCUAGAGCAAAAGUGCUAAGUAAGCUGAACAUGAAGGACAAUCAGCUGACAUCCCUUCCCUUGGACUUUGGGACAUGGACCAGCAUGGUAGAACUCAACUUAGCUACAAAUCAACUCAACAAGAUUCCCGAGGAUGUGUCUGGUCUUGUUUCCCUUGAGGUUCUUAUCUUGUCAAACAACCUUCUACGAAACCUCCCCCAUGGCAUUGGAAACCUGCGGAAGUUAAGAGAACUGGAUCUAGAGGAAAACAAGCUGGAAUCCUUGCCAAAUGAAAUAGCAUACCUUAGGGAUCUUCAGAGACUAAUCUUAACAAAUAAUCAGUUGAGCACCCUUCCUAGAGGAAUUGGCCACCUCAUCAAUUUGACACAUCUUGGACUGGGAGAGAAUUUUCUUACUCAGCUUCCUGAGGAAAUUGGUACACUGGAGAACCUGGAAGAACUGUAUCUAAAUGACAACCCCCAUCUAAAUAGCCUUCCUUUUGAACUGGCCCUCUGCAGUAAAUUGUCUAUAAUGAGCAUUGAGAACUGCCCACUCAAUACCCUUCCAGCUCAAAUUGUUGCAGGUGGACCUUCCUUUAUUAUCCAGUUCCUCAAAAUGCAGGGACCAUAUCGUGCCAUGGUCUGAUGGGUAUCUGCCAUAAUGAUGUACAAAAUAUAAAAGGCAUUGAGGGUGUCAUUGUAUAUAUAAUAUUAUCUAGGCCACAUGGUGCCAGGGUUGGAUAAAAGUUGGAUUGUUCCAUACACUGUACAAAAUGCAAAAAGCAUUUUUGGUAUUGUGUAUGUGGUGUAUAUAUAAUAUAAUAUAUAUAGGAUGUAUAUUAUAUUAUAUAUGAAACAUAAAUAAUAUAAAACAGGCAAAUUUAAGACCAUGUUUAUGUGUUUCUGCUAAUAGAGGAAGCAUAGCCAUUUAGAUUUUUUUUUCUUUGUAAAAUGCUUGUUAAGUUUUCUUUGCUGAAUUUGAUGAAUGUCUGGGUCUGGAGAUACCAAUUCACUGAAAAGUGUGGCCAACUAGUUGCUGAUCAGUUUAAGGGGCAAAACAUUUUUAGAUGGAGCUCUCUUCCCAUGAGAAAAACAAGCAACUUGAUCGCAAAAACCUUUUUUUUUUAAUCAUUCCCCUCUUUACUAAUUCUUUGUGUCAAAAAUCCUUUCGGGUGAUUUUGCCCUCUAGUUGGGGAGAUUCUUUAACUUAUUUUAAGAUUUGAAACAAAUGGUGUUGUAUUUGUUUACAGUCAGAGUAAGUCACUGGAUUAUUAUUAUUAUUGUUAUUAUUUUUUGGAUUUGCUCUGUUUUAAUCAUAUCUAGAAUUUAUAUGCUUCUGAGGGCUUUUUAUUGAUUUUUAUAUUAAAUCAAAUAGGAAAAGAUACAGUCCAACAAAAGAUUGAAUUAAGGUUAAACCUUGGGUCCUUCAGUUUAUCUAUUAUAAGCAUAUCUUAUUUGAACCAGUUAUUUUAUGGUUGGUCUCAUCUAGCACAAGCAACAUCUUCUGAUAACAGAUAUUGACAGAUUUGUUUGAAAACCUACAUGUUCUGUUAAGGUUUAAUAGUGCAUUGACAAGGAAUGAAUAUAUAUUGCAACAGGCCAAUAUAAGGGUUUCUCCCGGUCUUUGUACAAUUAA